CUGCCGGGGCUGAGGUUGGGUUGGGCGGGGAGCGACGGGGUGCGGAGCGCAGCAGCAGAGAGCGGCGGCGGUAGUAGCAGCGGAGAAGGAAGAAGAAGAGAAGAAGGAGAAAGAGAAGGAGCAGGAGCGGCCGCGAGGCGCCGAGCGAGUGGAACGAGCCCCGGGCCUCUCUGAGCCGCGGCCGCCGCGGAGUGCCCUGCCCGCGGUCCCAACAUGGACGAAGAGGGUGGCGGAGGUGGCAGCGUGCCUGAUGACCUCUCCUUGGAAGAAAGAGAAGAACUUUUAAAUAUUCGUCGCAGGAAAAAAGAAUUGAUUGAUGAUAUUGAGAGAUUAAAAUUUGAAAUUGCUGAGGUUAUGACUGAAAUUGAUAAUCUGACUAGUGUAGAAGAAAGCAAAACUACACAAAGAAAUAAGCAAAUAGCCAUGGGAAGGAAGAAAUUCAACAUGGACCCUAAGAAGGGAAUACAGUUUCUGAUAGAAAAUGACCUCCUGCACAACACUGCAGAAGACAUUGCACAGUUCCUUUAUAAAGGAGAAGGAUUAAAUAAAACAGUAAUUGGAGAUUACCUCGGUGAAAGAGAUGAAUUUAAUAUUAAAGUUCUUCAGGCUUUUGUUGAACUCCAUGAGUUCGCUGAUCUCAAUCUUGUACAAGCCUUAAGGCAGUUUCUGUGGAGCUUCAGACUCCCAGGAGAGGCUCAAAAAAUUGACCGUAUGAUGGAAGCUUUUGCUUCACGCUAUUGCCUUUGUAACCCAGGAGUCUUCCAGUCUACAGAUACAUGUUACGUGCUUUCAUUUGCCAUUAUUAUGUUGAAUACCAGCCUGCACAACCACAAUGUGCGAGAUAAACCCACAGUGGAGAGGUUUAUCUCCAUGAAUCGUGGAAUUAAUGAAGGUGGAGACCUUCCAGAGGAAUUGCUGAGGAAUUUAUAUGAAAGUAUUAAGAAUGAGCCAUUUAAAAUUCCAGAGGAUGAUGGAAAUGAUCUAACGCAUACAUUUUUUAAUCCAGAUAGAGAAGGUUGGCUGCUGAAAUUAGGGGGAAGAGUAAAAACAUGGAAACGGAGAUGGUUUAUUCUGACUGAUAAUUGCCUGUAUUACUUUGAAUACACAACAGACAAAGAACCUAGAGGAAUUAUUCCAUUAGAAAAUCUUAGCAUAAGAGAAGUCGAAGACCCUAGAAAGCCAAACUGCUUUGAGCUCUACAACCCCAGUCAUAAAGGUCAGGUAAUCAAAGCGUGUAAAACCGAAGCUGACGGCAGAGUGGUGGAAGGCAACCAUGUCGUGUACAGAAUAUCUGCUCCCACCCCAGAAGAGAAGGAGGAGUGGAUUAAAUCUAUCAAAGCAAGUAUCAGCAGGGAUCCUUUUUAUGAUAUGCUGGCAACAAGGAAAAGAAGAAUUGCAAAUAAGAAAUAGAACAUGAAGAGCAACUUGUAGACCUGCAUCAACCUAUAACUGAACAUACUGUGGAGUGGUAGAAGAAAUUGGACAAACUAAAUGAAGACAACUGUAAAUUUUAUAUAUAUAUAAAUAUAUAUAUAUAUACACAUUUUACUAUGGCAUAAAAACUUGGCAGAACUUUUCAGGGUAAAUAGUUACUGGUAUAUAAUUUGAAGUAAGCUUCAAUUCCCAGAGAAUUGUUAUAUUGGAACUUAAUUCAACUGAACACGUGGAAGCCUUGUUUUCACUUACAUUAGUGAGAACUCCAGUUUACUUGGGUUGGGAGGGAAGGAGUGCAGGGCUAACACUAAAAUGUCCUUACCUGUUACCUGAGCACAUUUCCCAUAAAAGAAGGAGUUAUUAUAAUGACUUUGAGUUCUCACUUAAGUGCAGCACCAACAGUGGAGCACAGCAUGACCUGGCACUGCAUUUUCCUGUAAGCAGAAACCUCACAGUCCCAGUGGCAGUUUUCAGUUGUGUGUGUUUCACAGGAACAGCUGAGUGCAGCUUUCAUUCAGGAUUCCUCUCCUACCUUUAUGGAAAUAGCUUUCCUUAGAAACACAGUGACUGGCAGCUCAGUGGGCACCUUGUGGUUCCAGAGGGUUUGUCAGUGAGCACUGAAAUACAAAUACAGGCAGGGCCCAGCAGCAGAGGUUUGAGGCUGUGGCCAUGCCAUGAAGUACCAGAUGUGGUCUGGUGUUUGCCAGUUGGCUAAAGCUCAUUCCUGUCUGCUCAUACACUCACAACAAACACUAAGGUUUAGUGACUGGUUUAAUCUGCUUUUUCUAUAGUAACUUCCUUCUUAUGUUUGAGAUGCUGUAGUUUGAUUAACACUAAGUUGCUACUAAAGGAUAGAGAUGACAGGGCUUGUGUGACUUCAGGCCUUGCAUGUGAAAACACCCCCAGAUAAUUUCACAUGCAUUCAGUGUUUUGAAAUGGAAAAGCCAGGAAGGUGAACUGUCCCUGUGAGAUGCCACCCUAGAGAGUGAAGCAAGCAGGAUUCAUUCCUUUGCUUGAUAACAAACUUUGGACAGAGAGUUCAUGCAAGUUUAUACAAGUUCAGUAUUUUUAUUGCAUUCUUAAAGGUGAUUUUCAGAUUUGUGCUGCAGCAGUUGGAAUUGAAAAAAAUAGACUUUUUUACUAAAAAAUAAAGUAUUGAUUGCCUGGUGCAGCUAGACUUCCCCAUAGGCAUGUGUCUCUUUUUGAAACCUGUGAAGGUUCUACUGCUGGGUCUUUCAGGAACACAUCAGCUGCUGCAGCAGAUUCUACUCCAGUGCUUUUCUGUUGAUAGCACGUAUGUUGUUCUUAAGGUAAAGCCCCUAAUUCCACAACAGGGCAAAAAGUGGGAGCUUUUGACUCUACUGCUUCUGUUACUACUCAGUUUUCCCCAAAUUUGUUGAACCUGAGCCGUGCCUACUGUGCCAGUGAAUGUGUUGGAGACCCCAAAUGUUCAAGCAGCUUUGCUUGUUGGUUACAGGAGCACCUUUGGCUCUGUUGUAGGGAGAUGUGCUGCACUGGCAAACCCACAGGCUUACCAAGUUGAUCUGUCUGAAAUCUCCUUUGAACUGUAAGGGAGAGUCUGUUUCACUGUUCUGUCUUACUGAUUUGCCUUGUUUUGCAUGGAGUGUCAGCCUUGUGAGUGUUUUGCUUUAUUGCAUGUUUGCAAAAGAGGCUGAGAGGAAAAGAACAAAGUAGAUUUUUAGAUUUUCCCCAGGGUGUGUGGAAUUGCUUGGGUGAAUGUUUUAAUCUUAGUGCUUCCAAAGGAGUAAAACUCAGCCAGAGGAGGCAGAAUCCUUGAGUAAGUGUCAGUGUGGGGAUAUCUCUUCUUAAUGGAACACAUUUAAACUCUUUAUAGAAAUGAAUUAAGUUGUGUGUCCUGUGUUUGCAAAGCAGCACAAUGAUGGAGCUGCUGCCAGCACUUGUUUUGAGUCUUCUGUUCUGCAGUGACAUUUUGUUUUCAAGCACUGCCUACAUCAAGUCUUAGCUUUGGACAAGUAGAUUUGUAAUGCAAAUAGUGACAAGCCAAAUCAGUGGUACUAGAGAGCAUAGAGGUGAAAGGCAGCAAAUACAGUAUUUCUGGAGAAAUGUGAGAUUACAAAAGCAUUAAUAAGCCAUGAAGCACUUUUGUAUCAAUUUUUAUUUUCUGAAAUACCACCUUUGAUGAAAUCUAUUUAUUUAACCAGGUGAGGAUGUCUGCCUAUAAGCAUGAAGGAAAGGCCUUGACAGUUAAUUUGCUGUAUUUAGUUUGAAGUUCUUAUAUCCAGCAGAAAUAAUUAUUUAGAGUAACAUGUAACUGAGGAUAUUAUAGCAGGAAAUAUUUUAUUUCUUAGCAUUGAAAUGCAACAUCUUAAACAGCUACUUGUGGUGCUCAAUGUAUCUAUUUAAUUUACCAAAGCUAAUGGAAUAGCGUUUUUGUGUGUGUUAAUAUUUGAUUUCAAAUGUUCUUUGUAACAGUAUUAACAGGGAGUGAAACUGGCCCAAAAUUUCCACUGGCCACGGGGCCAGUAAAACAAAGUGGCUUGUGAAAAUUUUGGCCAUAUCAGGUACUAUCCACGAGAGUGAAGAAAAAUCUCUCAACCUUUCCCUUUUUUAUUGGGCUUCAAGUCCAGGGGUGGCUACUGAAAGUGGCUGCUUGGUGGCAUAAAGCAGGAUCUGUUACAGUUUGGCCAUGCUGAGGAAAAGUCCUCUGGGGACAACAGAUUCUCCCUUCCUGUGGCACUGAAACGUGAGGAAUUCUUGAGCUCUUUGCUUUUGACCCUGCCCUUUACAACUGCAGGGCAGCGAGAGCCACGGUGCCAGUGCAGCUGGGAGGGAACUGUACACAAAACUUAAGCUCAGCUGGACUGACUUAAAUUUUACAAUAUGCUGACAAAAUAAGCUCUGCAUCACUUAGCAUUUUGAACCAUUUUAAACUGGUACAAAACUGAAUCUUUAUAAAGUGAGCAGCAUUUAUAAUGCUUCAUAUAUUAAAAAAACUGCUUAUUUUUAAGAUUUAUUACAUAUCUAUGUAGAUAUGCUUGCUGGAAAAGCUAGGUCUGUUGUAGACCAGAUACUACAAAUUAAGACUUGUGGCUUACCAGUUUCAUUUCUAUAUUUUCUUGGAAAAUGUUUCUAGCUAGAGUUUAAAUAUAAAAUGUAAAUAAUGUACAGGUAUGUAUUGAUAUGAGUAUUACUUCGUGUAUACAAGUGAUUUGCAUGACAAAUAUUCUGUAUCAAUCAUUGUUAUAACAGUGAUGUUCUUAUGUAAAGCCACUGCAAUAUUAAUGUUUUCAUUUAUCAUCAAGACCUGUUGCUUAAAUCUGUCAAUUUUCUCAAAAAUAAAGUGUGAAACUGUACUGUCUCCUCAUUUACCAGGAAUACAUGGGAGGCAAUAGCUGACUCUUAAAAGGUUAAGGUUUAAUUUUCCAACUGCUCUUCUAAGCAAAAGGCUUCUUUUCCCUACCCUUAGGC